CACACAGAGAGAGAGAGUGAGGGAAAGCUACUAUACAGCUGCGCUCAGUCAGAAUACAUUUACUCCAGUCUGUCUUACUGCAUGAAGAAAAGGAUGAACAUGAUAAUAGUUUAAUACUUUAUUGUUGUAUUUUUUUAUUUAAUUUAUUCUAUUCUAACCUGGAUAAUGAUGUUGACCUGCUUUACAGAAACCAAGAAAGACUUUUGCUAAAAAAAAAAAAAAAAAGAACUGAUCACAACUUUUUAUUUAUUUAUAUUUUUUCUUUAUUUUAUUUUUAUUUUUUACAAAGUGUAAAGACGGAAUCAUCACAGGAACCAAGUAACCAAGUGAUUUGAUCGCUGCUUCAGCGGACGACAAGCCAGCAGUACGCUUAGCUCAGUGAGUGAGAAGCAGCCUUUGAAGAGCCAGGCUGGAGAGAGUGUAGGUCGAAGGAGCGACCACUGAAAAGCUCUGACAUCAUUCACACUUCUCUCCAAUCAGACACUGAUUUUGUUCCUCUUCAACAUCCGACUCAUACCAGCCAGCCAAACGUCUCCACCAUUCAGCGAGAAAGAUACCCUCCAGAUAUGCCCUGUGUACAAGCACAGUAUAGUCCCACACCACCUGGUUCCAGUUAUGUAACUCAGACGUAUGCCCAUGGCUCAGAAUUUAGUACUGAAGCAAUGAAUCCGAGCUGUACAAAAUUUAGUAUGGACCUGACCAGCACAGAAAUUACAGCUUCAGCAACCACAUCCUUGCCAAGCUUUAGCACUUUUAUGGAAGGAUAUUCAGGAAGCUAUGAACUUAAGCCAUCCUGCUUGUAUCAAAUGCAAACUUCCAGCCAGAGACCUCUGAUAAAGAUGGAAAACCCUCAUGCACACAGCUACCAGAGUCCAGUUCCACAGCAAGCAGAAGAUAUUAUGCCCAGCACAUCAAUGUAUUUUAAACAAUCACCCCCAUCAACUCCAACAACACCUGGAUUUCCAACUCAUCAUCCAACCUUAUGGGAUGAGCCACAUACCAUGGGAUCUACACAGUCAUGUAUGACCACUGGCCAUUUGAUGGAAGCUUCACUUAAAACUGCUCCUUCACGGUUUCCACUUUUUCACUUCAAGCACUCUCCUCCACAUACUUCACAAAUGUGCUACAAUCCUUCUCAUAAUAUACCAGUAGGCCCUGAAAGAGUAUCAGUGCAGGUACCAAUGGACUCCCUAUCAUACAAUUUGCCACUUACUAAAGGAUCUAAUAUUGUUUUUCCCCCACCUGCAACUAGCCAAACUGUUAGUAUGGUGGGAGAGGGAAGCCUUCCAUCACCCUCUAGUAGGAGCUCAUCAUCUGGAGAAGGAACAUGUGCGGUGUGUGGAGAUAACGCAGCAUGUCAACAUUAUGGGGUUAGGACAUGUGAAGGAUGUAAAGGUUUCUUUAAGAGAACAGUACAAAAAAAUGCCAAAUAUGUUUGUUUGGCAAAUAAAAACUGCCCAGUGGACAAAAGACGGCGAAAUCGUUGCCAGUACUGCAGAUUUCAAAAAUGUCUAAGUGUUGGCAUGGUUAAAGAAGUGGUACGUACUGAUAGUCUUAAAGGACGAAGAGGUCGGCUGCCUUCCAAACCGAAGAGUCCUUUGCAACAAGAACCAUCUCAACAGUCUCCACCAUCUCCUUCAAUCAACAUGUUAAAUGCAUUGGUUAGAGCAAUGACAGACACAGCUCCAAGAGAUCUUGAUUACUCAACAUACUCUGCAAACACAGACCAGGCAGCAGCAGGCACGGACAGUGAAUGCAUUCAACAAUUCUAUAAUCUCUUAACUAUCUCCAUUGAUGUCUCCAAGACUUGGGCAGAAAAACUUCCUGGGUUUGAUGAACUUCCAAAAGAUGAUCAGACGUUAUUGAUAGAAUCAACAUUUUUGGAGUUGUUUGUACUAAGGCUUUCAAUCAGAUCUAAUAUUGCUGAAGAUGAAUUUGUAUUUUGUAAUGGACUUGUGCUACAUAGACUUCAGUGCCUUCGUGGAUUUGGGGAGUGGCUGGACGCAAUUAGAAAUUUUACCUUAAAUUUACAGAGCCUUAACCUGGAUGUAUCAACUUUAGCUUGUUUAAGUGCUGCAUGUCUUGUUACAGAACGACAUGGACUGAAAGAACCAAAGAAAGUAGAAGAACUACAUAGCAAAAUUAUUUGUUGGUUGAAAGAACAUUUAGCUUUGACGGUAGAAAGCAAAGUUCAACAGCUGGAUUUUACUGAUGUACUGGGCGUUCUUACUGAUUUACGGUCUCUUUGCACAUUGGGACUGCAACGUAUAUUUUACCUGAAACUGGAAGAUUUGGUUCCCCCUCCACCUAUCAUUGACAAGUUAUUUCUAGACACAUUACCCUACUGAAGCAAUUGUCUCAUAGCACAUCAUUCAUUUAGGCUUGAUAUUUAUAAGCCAACAAUAUUUUCAUAUUUGUUUAAAAAGAUAAAGAUUCAUUGCUCUAAAAUAGAAUUUAUUAUUAUUAUUAUUAUUAUUAUUAUUAUUAUUUUCACUCAAUUUGCCACAUUUAAACCUCUCCAGCAAAAUUUUAUAAUUCUAUAUAUAGAUGUCCUAUAAUCAGGAUAAAUAUCAACAAGACUUGGGAUAUUGACUAUGAAAAUAUAUAAAAAAAAAAUGAAAUGCUGGUAAAUGAACUUGUGUGUGAAAUAAUGGUAUACAUUGAGUAUUUGCGGUAGAAAAAAAAAGAAGUGUUUUAGGUUUUUAACACAAACCAGUUUCAGUGACAAAUGACAAAAGGCUGUUAAAUCUGUUAAGUGCAAUUUUUUUUUAACUCAUUUUGUGCUAGAAAUGCCAGCAAAACAAUACAGGAACAUUGUUUUGUUUUUGUGCGUAGAUUUUGGAAUUAUUUUACAAAUAUGUUUUCCUUAUUUGUAAUAUAACAUUGACUUAAUAGGAUUACGAGACUUGGUAGAAGAAAUAGGUUUUAUUUUCAUAAAAAAAAAUUAAAAAAAAAAUAGAAUAACAAAAAUAGCUCAUUUUUGAAAAGUCCUUUCAUGGAGAACAAGUUCCAAAAUAUAGUUUAAGAGUGCACCAUAAAAAUAUUCCAUGAAGGUGCUCUGUUUUUAUAUGUUUAUACAACUGAUACAAUAUUAAUAUGAAAAAUGUAGUUGUAUAGUGUCUUUAUUUGUAUACGUUUGUAUGCAUGAAACACUGCUGUGUUGUACAGGCUUUAUCUAUAUUUAUUGUAUUGACUGCCAGCUCAUUUGAGCCGUGAUACGGAGUUCACUAAAAAUAGGGAGGUCACAACAAUCCAUAACUAUCACUUUAAAAAAAUUCAUCUGCAUAUUCAUUUUCCUAACCAUGUGUAAAAUAUAUACUAUCUCACAAGAUUUUUUACUGUUCAUUUUGCAGUGUCUCCUAAAGCACUUGUGUUUAGCACUUUGCCAUUAAAAUAUUGUUCAUGUUUUGCUAAAAUGACUUGAUAUUUGGGAAUUUUAGAUUAAAGAAAUAUUUUUUCCUAUUAUGCACUAAAUCAUUUUGUUGGGUCAUUUUGAAGAGAGAAUUUUGAAUGUCAACCUAAAUGUUACUGUAUUUUAUGUUAGUUUUCAAUGUUUUGGCUUUUUAUUAUUGUUUUUAAAAAGACAACUUUGUUUAUAUGAAAAAUUAAAUUAUAUGCAAUUUGAAA